AUGCCAGCUAUGCAGCCUCCACUAGGUGUUCAGUCAAACUUCGAUAACCCCCGGACUGAUGGUCGCGUUCUCGUUAUCGUCGGGACUGUUUUCACAGUCAUACCUUUCAUUGCGGUCAUCCUUCGGCUCUAUGUGAGAAAAGUCGUAUCCUCCCAGAAGAUCUUGUGGGAUGAUGACCUCGACUACGGACUGGGAAAGCACAUGUGGGAUAUCCGAGCCCUGAGUGUGACCCACCAACGACUUGUGUCCUUACUAGUCAUGGACGACGUGAUAACAGCCGCCGCGUACCUUACACGUAUCUCAAUUCUACUCCUCUACUACCGCCUAUUUCAAGUCUACGACACCUCGUGCCGAUUGGUUUGUAUCGGCAUGACAGCAUGCACAUUGAUCACAAUUCCUUACCUCGGCGUUAUUAUUACACGUGCAGUACGAUGCACAGAGCCAACCGCAAUCUUGACCAACACUUUCUGCCAUACAAAUACAAUCAGCAUCGCUGUUGUAACAUUCGCCGGCUUAAACAUGAUCACCGAUUUCUUCAUCCUCCUCAUUCCUAUUCACAGGUUCUGGAGUCUCAAUGUUAGUAAGAAAAAGAAGAUGGGGCUUAUUGCCAUCUUCGCAGCCGGCUUCCUUGCCUGCGCCUUUGCGGUUGUUCGAUUGAUAUGGGUCUGCAUCCAUUUUAGCGAUAAAGACACCUUACGAUAUGCUUUGUGGGUCGGACUUUUUGCGAUCUUAGAAGUCAACAUCGCACUCACAUCUAACUGCGCCAUCUUCUUCCCAGCUGUCUGGAAGGCUCGUAAAUCUGUCUUUUCAAUCAGUUCUCGUCGACGACAUGGCGUGAGUGGCUAUGAUAUGAACUCAAGGGACUAUGCCAGUGAACAUAAGUCUAAAGAGCCUGGUGCGCGUGGGAAUUCUCGUGAAAUUUCCAAGUCCAUAAUUCAGCACAAAACCCGGGGUAUGGAAUUUGACGAUGACAUCAUUCAGCAACUGGAGGUUUCUGAACAGUCAAGGCGCUGAGGUCAAUCUGAAAGUGGUCCACCCUGGCCCCUAGGCUUGAAUACGAACACUUCAAGACUUGACCUCAUGAUCACGAAGAGAUUGAGAAGUAUUAUGGUGGGUUUCUCUCC